CCCGUCUGACAACUGUACACGGACCCUCAAGGCUUCAGAGCUAUCGUAUUUGUACAUAGCACUACCUACCUGUUAACGGAUCACAUACUUGCCCGUCAUGAGUUUAGCACCAGUGGAACUUUUCAAAGACAAUGCGACGGAGGAGAGGGCUGAGAAUGCUCGAUUGGCUUCCUUUGUCGGCGCAAUAGCCGUGGGAGAUCUCGUUAAAACGACGCUCGGCCCAAAAGGCAUGGACAAGACGUUACAGUCUAUGAGUACCGGAAACAUUAUUGUUACGAACGACGGCGCAACGAUCCUGAAAUCCAUCGCGCUCGACAACGCCGCAGCAAAGGUCCUCGUCAACAUCUCGAAAGUGCAGGACGACGAGGUCGGCGAUGGAACCACAUCUGUCUGCGUGUUGGCUGCCGAGCUCCUUCGUGAAGGGGAGAAGCUGGUUCACCAGCACAUCCACCCCCAGACCAUCAUCGAGGGCUACCGGAUCGCGUCUGCUGCCGCGUAUAAAGCACUCGAGGCGUCCGCGAAGGACCACAGCACAAACCCUGUGGAGUUUAGGGAAGAUUUGAUGAACAUUGCAAAGACUACACUGAGCUCGAAGGUGCUGUCUCAAGAUAAGGAGUACUUUUCUAAUUUGGCUGUCGAUGCGGUGCUUCGAUUGAAGGGAAGCACCAACCUGGACAACAUUCAAAUCAUCAAGAAGCCCGGAGGCAAGCUCACGGACUCGUACCUUUCUCCUGGUUUCAUUCUCGACAAGAAGAUCGGUGUCAACCAACCCAAAAGGAUAGAAAACGCAAAGAUCCUUGUCGCCAACACUCCCAUGGACACCGACAAGGUGAAGAUCUUUGGCGCCCGCGUUCGUGUCGAUGCGACCGGCAAGCUCGCCGAGCUUGAGCGCGCUGAGAAGGACAAGAUGAAGGAGAAGGUGGAAAAGAUCAAGGCCCACGGUAUCAACUGCUUCGUCAACCGCCAAUUGAUCUACAACUGGCCAGAACAGCUCUUUGCUGAUGCCGGCAUCAUGGCCAUCGAGCACGCGGACUUUGACGGAAUCGAAAGGCUGGCUCUCGUGACCGGAGGCGAGAUCACCUCUACCUUCGACCACCCGGAGCUUGUGAAGCUCGGCCAAUGUGACGUGAUUGAAGAGGUCAUCAUCGGCGAAGACCGUCUGAUCAAGUUCUCCGGCGUCGCUGCCGGUGAAGCCUGCACGAUCGUCCUGCGAGGUGCGACACACCAGCUUUUGGACGAAGCCGAACGGUCCCUCCACGACGCCCUUUGCGUGCUCUCCCAGACCGUCAAGGAGCCAAGAACGACGCUCGGUGGAGGUUGCGCCGAGAUGCUCAUGGCCAAGGCCGUCGAGGAGGUCGCCGUCACGACCCCCGGCAAGAAGGCGAUUGCGUGCGAGGCGUUUGCAAAGGCGCUUCGUCAGCUUCCUACCAUCUUGGCUGACAACGCGGGAUACGACAGUGCUGAGCUUGUUGCUGAGCUGCGUGCGGCGCAUCACAAGGGGCAGAGCAACUAUGGAUUGAACAUGGACCUCGGCAUUAUCGGUGACGUGCGGGAGCUGGGCAUCACAGAGUCCUUCAAGCUGAAGAAGCAAGUCUUGCUAUCAGCGUCGGAAGCCGCGGAGCUGAUUCUGCGCGUUGACGAUAUCAUCCGCUGCGCACCUAGGGCCCGUGAGAGGCAGUAGAUGAUGGAUCUGAGUCGUCGCUGAGGGGUGCCCUGCAAGUUUGUACAGAAUGAUGAGGGAACUGGACCAACCAGGGGGGAGCGAUACCGUAUUUGUGUAGAUAAAAGCAAACUGAGAAAAAAACCGUCGUCUGUAAUUAUAAUUAAGAAAACCAGUGCCCUUGAUUCU